ACCAGCUUGCGGUGUGUGUGCUAUCGACGUGGUGAUACCACACUGCAACGAGAGAUUGCAGUUAUUCAUCAGUUAUUCCCAUGCCGUUAUCAUGAUGGUCCGCAUGAUCGGCGAUGAAUUCCUCAUGGAGGAGCGGGACCGAAAGUACUACGCCGUGUUUGAUACUGCACCUACUGGGCACACAUUGAGGCUACUAUCAUUUCCACAAGUGGUUGAAAAAGAACUGGGAAAAUUAAUGCGUUUAAAAAUGAAGAUUAGUCCUUUCAUCACACAGAUAAGUUCGUUGUUGGGAUUAACGGAUUUUAAUGUGGAUACAUUUUUCAAUAAGAUGGAGGAAAUGCUUGCUGUCAUUCGGCAAGUUAACGAACAGUUCAGAAAUCCACAACAGAUGACAUUUAUAUGUGUCUGCAUAGCAGAAUUUUUGUCGCUUUAUGAGACAGAACGACUUGUACAAGAAUUAACAAAAUAUGGUAUUGAUACCCAUAAUAUUAUAGUGAACCUACUGUUAUUUUUGAAAGAGGGUGAUACUUCUUGUCGGCUGUGUCUUGCAAGGCAUAAAAUUCAAGAUAAAUAUAUCUAG